GACUUUUACGCCAACUUUGAUGGCGACCCGCUGGUCAAGAUUCCGUGGGUGCGGCGCGACCUCAGCGGCCCACAGGUGCUGGUGAUGGAGUGGAUCGACGGCAUCCGGUGCACCGACGUGGAGGCCAUCAAGGCCUCGGGCCUCGACCUGCCAGCCUUCAUCCGCACAGGUGGGAGCUUCAACAUGCGCCUGUUCUACAAUGGCACGGCGCGCGCGGAAGAAGGCCCCCCCACCAUCCUGCGUGGCAUCAACCGCGCGGUCAACGCCUUCCUGAAGUGGUCCCUGGGCAGCGACGGCUACCAGGCCUGGCUGCUGGGUGUGCAGGAGAUGCCCAAGGGCGGCUCUCGUCUGAGCCUCGACUUCAGCUCCCUGCUGGGGCCCCUCUUCUUCUGCUGGCUGCUCCAGCUGCUGCUGCCGCCCAUGCUCAACCAGCUGGUCUACGAGAAGGAGAAGCGGCUGAGGAACAUGAUGAAGAUGCACGGCUUGGGGGACGCAGCCUACUGGGCUAUCCAGUACUGCUGGUUCUUCGUCAUCAACUUCACCUUUACUUGGAUCCUCAUCGGCUUUGGGAGCCUGAUCAACCUCAGCUUCUUCCGCCUGACCUCUUACUCAUUCCAGUUUGUGUUCUACCUGCUGUGGAUCAACUGCCUGCUGGCCUUUACCUUCCUGCUCAGCACACUGUUCCGCUCCUCCAAGACAGCGGUGGUGGUGGGCUUCUUGUAUGUGUUUGGCACCGGCCUG